AUGUCUCUCAAGGACAAAAUCUCCUCGCCCCUCGAGGCCGGCCCCUCCCUCCUCGACGCGCACCACAUCCCGCCGCAGCUCGGCCCGGCUCUCGAGUACACCUCGGCCCGUCUCGCCCGCAAGUCCCUCCACCUCACCCUCGUCGUGGCUCGCCGAGACUACCAGCUCCCGCCCUCGCCGGUCCUCUGCUCCCCGUCUCUGGGCUCCUACUCCCCCGCCUCGCCGUCCUCGUCAUCGAUGAGCCGCUUCACCCGACAUCUGCAUCUCCCGCGCUGGGGCCGACACCAGACGAUCCUCUCCCCGACCUCCGCCACGUCCUCCAUGCCGACAUCCCCCCGGUCAGCCAUCUCCUCCCCGUCCUACACGCCCAUGUCGCUCGAGUUUCCCCAAUCACAGCAGCAGUGCGGCCCGCUCUCGCCGCGGUCGCCCAUGUGGCCACUCACACCGAUGACGCCGCUCUCGCCACCGCCCAUGACACCGUCGACGGGGCUAUCCUCCAUCCCGACCGAAGGGUCCUCGUACGGCUUCCCCAUGACGCCGCAGCACGGGGUCCGCCUCAUCCACCACGGCAACCUCCCGCCAAAAGCCGAAAAGACGCUGCAGUCGGCCCUGGCCAAGGCCGGCCGCAAAGCCGGCGGCGCGGCAACGCACAUUGCCCCGGCGCUCAGCGCAUCCGCCUGCGGCUUCAACAAGGACCUGUUCAACAAUUCCAUUGCGCAAAACGACGUCUUGUUCUCGUCCGACGGCCUGUCCCUCAUCUCGUUCGACCGCCUCUACAGCCUCAAGGCGGCCCUGUCGAGCUACUCCAAGACGGGCUCCCCGCUGCGGCUCGAAGACGCCGUCGACGAGCUGCGCCGCUACGUGCUGGCGUCGGGCGAAAAGGUCUCCAAGAUGCAUCUCCUGCGCUCCUACGACUGGCUCAACGUGUCGCACUCGGCGCUCGCGGACCUGGACCGCAUGUACCGGCGGGCGUACGGCGGCGUCGAGAUGCAGGGCGGCAUAGACGGCAUGUACUUUGCGCCGGUGCCCGAGGCGUCCUCGGUGUGUUCCAGCGACGACGAUGACGAGAAUGAUGUCGGGGAGGAGCACGAAUACCACGACCAGGACAGCGGCGUCUACGUCGAAGGGUUGCCAGACAGCCCGACCAUUGACGUGGCCACGGUCGGCAUGGCCGUCAGCAGCACCACGCCGGUGCCCGCGCAGCAGCCGAAGCGCUCUCCAUCGCCCAAGAUGCCCCUCUUGCGGGUGCAGACCAGCUUCGUCAAGACGCCUGCGCAUCGACACGUCGAAGAGCAGCCGGACACCACCAGCGACGAACCAGGCGAGGAAGAUGAAGGCGGAGGGAAGCCACCGGAAGCAGCAGCAGAAGACGAUGUCGUGACGGCUCGCCCAGACGACGAAGCCGGCCAGGCAGCGGCCGCCAGGAACAAGCUGUGGCGGAGCACGCAGUCCACGUCGAUCGCCCAGGUCCUCAGCCCGGGGCCCGACCCGCCACCACGAGACCAGGACGGCCCCAUGACGCCCAACGGCUACGACGACAUUUCGCCCAUCACCCGCGGCGAAUGGGGCUUCCUCCUCGUCGAUCAGGGCUUCCAGAAUGCCAGGACCGUGGCCGUGACGACGUGCUGA